AUGAUGGACGAUUAUCAACAGUUAAAAAGUAAAUAUGAAAGAUUAUGUGUGGAAUUCAAAAAGCUUCGUUCAAAGUAUAAAACGUUGAAAGACAAUGAAAAUGAAUUAAACCAACAACUACAGGAGAAACUAUUACAAAAAGAUUUAUAUAUUGAAAAAUUAAAACAAGAAAUUGAACAAUUAAAAUUAAACAAUCAUAAUAUUUCUAUUAAUGGAAUUACAAAUGAAAAUUCAACGAAAUUAUCAUUAUUACUAAAAAAUAUUAACAAGAAUAAUGAUCAUUCAAGUCUUAUCGAUACUGUCAAUGUAAAUGAAGUGGCAAAGAAAUCUAUCAUUACUCAGGAAGUAAAUAAUAAUUUGCAUCAAACGACACUAUUAGAUGCUUCUUAUACACCUAUCCAUAUCACAAAACAUAAUUCAUUUCCCAUGGUAACUAAUGAUAAUUCAACAAAUUCGACUCUAUCAUCUCCCACUGAUAUUUGUCAUGAUAUUAUUGUGGAUACCUAUAAUAAAUCAUCCAGUUUAAAUUUACUUCCAUCUAAAUCUUUAUUAUCAUCGUUAUCAUCAAAAUUACCAUCUUCAUCUUCAUCAUCAUUUCUAUCUGAAGAUACAUUAAUGAUAACAAAUACAACGAUAUCUAUUCCUACUACUCCUAGUACUACUACCACUUCUACUUCUACUCCUAGUACUACUACUGCUACUUCUACUACUCCUAGUACAGCUACUGCUACUUCUACUACUCCUAGUACUACUACUGCUACUUCUACUACUCCUAGUACUACUACUGCUACUUCUACUACUCCUAGUACUACUACUGCUACUUCUACUACUCCUAGUACUACUACUGCUACUUCUACUACUCCUAGUACUACUACUGCUACUUCUACUACUCCUAGUACUACUACUUCUACUACUCCUAGUACUACUACUUCUACGUCUACUCCUAGUACUACUACUACUUCUACUACCAGUACUACUACUACCCUUAAUCUUUCAUCUUCUUAUGAUCAAGAUUGGACAUUCAUUGUAAAUACAGAAGAGAAAUUAAUUGAACAAUUUGUACAAUUACUAAAUAAUUGGAUCAAUUCAAUGAAAACAAAUCAAAAUUUAUCAUUCAUAAAUAAAGAAAAAGUAGAUCAUAUUCUUAUGAAUCGUAUUACACAAUUAGAAAGUCAAUUAUGUGAAAUUUCAUUACAAUAUCAAUUGGAACGUAAACGUCGAUUAAAAGAACAAUCACAGUCAGAAACAAAGGACGACGCUAAGCCUAUUGUUCACAAUAGUCAGGUGAGUGAUUCAAACGAUCCUGAGCAAUUAUCUAGUAGUAGUAAUGGAAAAUCUGAUGAAACUACUAAUCCACAUAAAGUAAUAAUGAAACGUUUACAUAAAGCCAUUGAAGAAUCAAUUUAUUUCGCUUCAAGAGCUAAUCUCUUACAGGAUGAAUUAGAAUCUCUUAUCCCAUGGAUAUUACAACUAUUUCAUUUACAUCAAAAACAACAAUAUGAAAUGAAAACAAUGAAACAAUAUAAUGAACAAUUAAAACAACAAUUAGAAUCAAUUAAAAUAAAUACAAUUAAACAAAUUAAUGAAAUGGCUAAACAUAUAAAUAAUUUAACUGAAGAAUUACAAACAAUUCGAUUAAAUUCAUUAACAAAUCAUCAUUCUCAUAAUAGUUUUAAUAAAGAACAACAACAACAACAAUCAAAUUGUUUAUCACUUCAUUCAAAUGAUAAUCAAGUUAAGAAAACUACAUUAUUUAAUGUAUUGAGAAAAUGA